AAGAAAUACAUGUUGCAAACAGCGUAAACAUGGCCUCGAUGAACGAAUACGGUAUUCCGCGUAUUUUAGCAAGAUUACAAGCGUCCAUAAAUUCAAAUAAUUUUUAUGAAGCUCAUCAAGUGUAUAGAAUUUUAUAUUCUAGAUAUCUUAAAGAGCAAAACUAUUCGGCACUUUUGACAUUAAUGUAUAAAGGAGCUACUAAUUUAUUAGAGCAUGAACAAUAUGCCAGUGGAGCAGAUUUAGGAAUUUUAUUUGUAAACGUAUUAACGAAAUCAAAGACAGAACGUUCCCCAUAUUAUUUUAAACAAGUUAUAAAAUUAUUUAGUUUAAUGAGCCCUUCAUCACCUGAAAGAGACACAUAUGUACAAUCAGCCCUUCGAUGGAGCAUAAUAAACACAAAAUACAAAACAGGUCAUCCCAUUUUGCAUCAAAAGAUGGCAAAAGUAUUUUGGAAAGAAAAAAAUUAUGUAAUGGCAAAACAGCAUUUCAUACAUAGUACAGAUGGUCGUGGAUGUGCAGCAAUGCUUGUUGAAUAUCAUGUGCUACGUGGUUAUACAAAUGAAAUAGAUCUUUUUAUUACUCAGGCAGUUUUGCAAUACCUGUGCUUACGAAAUAAAGCAACUGCUCAGGAAGUUUUCAAUCGUUAUACUUCGCAACAUCCGAAAAUAAACAGCGGUCCACCGUAUCUUCUUCCAUUACUGAAUUUUUUAUUUUUUCUAUUGAAAACGAUUGAUAGUGGUGAAUUUGAUGUAUUCACAGUACUUUGCGAACAAUAUCAAAUAUCUCUAAAUAGAGAUCCAUGUUAUCGACAGUACUUAGACGAAAUAGGACAAUUGUUUUUCAAUAUUCCGUCGCCACGUCCACGCCAGGGGAUGUUGUUUGCUAGUCUUUUAUCAUUUCUUAAUGGAAAGAUUGAAAAUUCAGAUUCAGAUUCAGAAGAUUCAUAUGAUGCGCAGAGAAAUGUAGCUUCAACUUCAUACACAACACAGGAACUCGACUGAUCAAAAGUUAGACGUUACUGUGCGAAGUGAUGAGAGUAAAUAAUGAACUUAAAUACCUAUAUACGUAUAUAUAAAUAAAUAUAUAUAUAUACAUAUACAUGUAUA